AUGACGCUCAUCAAAUUCUCUUCCCUCGACAAUGAGAGAAAAACCAACCCAACUCUCAAAGGCCACAAACUCGUCUUCAUCACUCCCUGGGAACCAACCCCAGACUACAUCGAUUCUCUCCAGAAACAGUUUCCCGACUUGGUCAUCGAAUGCCACAAGUCCGAAUGGAGGGCCCCAGGAACCGGAGCAGGGGAGUCUCCUUUCCCCAUCGAACAGUGGAAAGACGUCACCAUCGCCUUGACUUUUACCUAUCUCCCGCAACCCAAAGAUGCGCCCAAGCUGCAGUAUGUCCAGCUAAUCAGCGCCGGAGCGAACCAUAUCCUGGAUCAUCCGCUUUUCAAAGAGACCGAGGUCGAGUUUUGUACUGCUAAUGGUGUUCAUGGGCCCCAAAUCUCCGAAUGGCUCCUCCUCACCUACCUCGCCUUCAACCACCAUCUCCCCCACUACCUCGCCCUCCAACAACAAGCCCACUGGUCCCGCGCCAAGUCCGAUUCCAUCCAGGACGCCACCGCCAAAACCAUCGGUAUCCUCGGCUACGGCGCCAUCGGCAGACAAACUGCCCGUCUCGCCGUCGCCAUGGGCAUGCGCGUCCACGCUUUCACGCUGCAUCCGCGCCCGACGCCCGAAUCCCGCAAAGACCGAAGCUGGGCCCCCUCCGGAAUGGGCGAUCCCGACGGCGUAUUUCCCUCUAAAUGGUUCUCUGGAUCUACCAAGGAGGACUUACAUACCUUUUUACGCAGCGGGUUAGAUCUCCUGGUGGUAUCCACCCCUUUGACGCCAGGGACGAAGCACUUACUGGGUAAAGAGGAGUUUGAAGUUUUGUACAAGGCUUCGCCUACUGUUAAGGUCGUGGAUGAAGAGACGGGAAAACUGGAAGAAAGGGGGAGGACUUUCGUGUCAAAUAUUGCGAGGGGCCCGGUGGUGGAUACGGAUGAACUGAUUGAGGCGCUGGAAAAGGGGUGGAUUAGGGGCGCGGCGUUGGAUGUUACGGACCCGGAGCCACUGCCGGAUGGACAUAGGCUUUGGAGCACGAGGAACGUGAUUGUUACGCCGCAUGUGAGUGGGGCGAGUACGAGGUAUAAUGAAAGGGUGUUGGCGAUUCUGGAGGAGAAUCUGGGGAGGGUGGGGAGGGGGGAGAGGUUGGUUAAUGGGGUUAGCAAAGAGAAAACAAGAAAGAUCUUGGUUGCCAGCCCAAGCAGUGGAACUUGA